AUGGCGGUUAGUUUCCUACUCCUGCUGGUCUUUGUCCUAAAUGGAGCUGAUGGAUCUCAUAUUGUUGGCGGUAGAGAUGCCGCCCCCCACUCUCGACCCUACAUGGCUUCCCUGCAAGUCCGAGGUCGCCAUAACUGUGGGGCAGCGCUGGUGAAAGACGACUUUGUGCUCACGGCAGCUCAUUGUAAGAUUCGUGGUUCAUACACAGUCGUGCUCGGCGUUGAUUCCCUCACAGCUAACGCGAGUACAAAGCAGGAAUUCAGAACUGUCAGAUCCAUUCCCCAUCCCGGGUAUGAUGGGCAUGCAAAUGACAUCAUGCUCCUGAAGCUCAACGCCAGUGCACAACUGACUGCAGCAGUGCAGUUGAUCUCUCUGAAAACGAGCAGGGUGACAACAGGAAGUCGUUGCCUCACAGCCGGCUGGGGGGACAUAGCGGAUGACAGAACAGAACCCACCACGCUUCAGGAAGUCAACGUAACCACGCUGUCACGGCGGACAUGUCGUAGGAGAUGGGGAUCGGUUCCCGUCACUAGAUCCAUGGUUUGCGGUGUAGGAGCAAGAGUUUUUCAAGGCUUCUGCUCGGGGGAUUCAGGUGGCCCUCUGGUGUGUGAUGGAGCUGCAGCGGGCGUGGUGUCCUUCUCUGGCCGGCGAUGCGGAGACCCCAGGACCCCUGAUGUCUACUCAAGUGUAUCCUCCUUCAGGGACUGGAUUAAGGAAGUGUUAAACAGCAAUUAGGCAAAUCAGAUCUACUGAUAAUACGCCGUUGUGGAUGAUGGGGUUGUAUUCUUCAACAAAAAACCCUAACGUGUGGUGGAAUGGGUCAGGCCAAAUUCUUUACGUCAUACAUUUUCAGUGUAUACCAAACUGAAUACAGAAAUAAAGUUAGCAUGAAAGUGUUGUGUAAAUUACAUUGCACAUAUUUCUGUAUUGUUUUGAAAAUGUUAAAGAUGU